AGUCGGUUACAGUGUGAUCGAUUCUUUGAGAGAGCUUGUUUGAGCUCCAGAGAAUGGCAAUGGAGAAGAACCGCGUUUUCUCACUGCUCAUCGUACUGGUGCUCUGGUUCAUGAUCUCAGGCAAGUUCCUACAAACAGCAGAGAGCCUAACAGUGGGGAUAAACUAUGGGCAGAUAGCCAACAACCUCCCAUCACCAACGCGCGUCGCAGGGCUCGUCAGCUCCCUAAACAUCAGCAAAGUCAAGCUCUACGACGCUGACCCAAACGUCCUUCGCGCCUUCCUCAACUCUCAAGUUGAAUUCGUCAUCGGCAUCGGCAACGAGAACGUUGCCAACAUGACCGACUACUCCAAAGCCCUCUCUUGGGUCCAAAACCACAUCCAACCUUACCUUCCCCGCACCCGCAUCACCUGCGUUACCGUCGGUAACGAAGUCUACUCCGGCAACGACACCACCCUCAAAUCCAACCUCCUCCCGGCCAUGCAAUCCAUCUACGCUGCUCUCGUUGCUCUCGGCCUCAACAAGCAAGUUAAUGUUACCACUGCCCACUCCGUUGCUAUCCUCGGCAACUCCUACCCACCCUCCGCUGGAUCCUUCCGAUCAGACGUGGCCGAAUUCAUUCAACCUCUCCUCAACUUCCAUGCCAUGGCCAACUCUCCAUUCCUCAUCAAUGUCUACCCUUUCUUCGCUUACAAAGACAACCCGGACUCCAUCUCGCUUGACUACGUCCUUUUCCGACCAAAUUCUGGAAUCACCGACCCCAACACCAAUCUCAACUAUGACAACAUGCUGUACGCCCAGGUGGACUCUGUUUACUCGGCGAUAUCAACCAUGGGUCACCAAAAUAUCGACGUGCGGAUCUCUGAGACGGGUUGGCCAUCUAGAGGCGACCCAGAUGAGGUUGGUGCCACGCCGGAGAACGCCGCGAUGUACAACGGUAACCUUCUCCAGCGAAUAGCCAUGCAACAAGGCACGCCUUUGAAGCCAUCCGUGCCCAUUCAAGUAUACGUAUUCGCAUUGUUCAACGAGAACUUAAAACCCGGUCCCACCUCCGAGAGAAACUACGGUCUCUAUUAUCCUGAUGGCAAUCCCGUGUAUAACAUCGGUUUGAAUGGUCGUCUUCCCUCCAUGUCAUCGUCUGCUUCCAAUCCCCUGACCUUGUUGCCUGAGCUAGUACUAUUUAUGUUGGUGAUAGUGACUCUGUUCUGGCAACUUUAGUAAAAGAAAAAAAAGAAAAUUAUGCUUGAGAUGAUGGGCGAAUAGAUGGAGAAGAAGAGGAUGGGCACUAACAUAUACUAGUUCUAUUGAUGAGGUAAGGUAACGGGGAUCUUUCAAUCUAUUUAAUUGAUUUAGUUGUUAGUAUAGUGGAAGUCCGAAGGAUGAUGACGUGACAUGGUAAUGUUGACGGGGUUCUUAGCAAUUUCAUCCUUAUUGAUAUAGUCCUCCCCGCCGGCAGCCAAAUCAUCAUCAACCUUAUCUGCUUAUCAUUCUCCUUAUCCGAUGUAAGGUUUGUGGGGCCUCUGGAAUAAAGGAUUGAUAGGUUACA